UAUAAAGUAGUUACACUAAUUGAUGAGUAAUAAGACUGAUAACCCAUACUGUUUUAAUAUUUUAUUUAAAAAAAACAUACGGUUUUAAUUGUUGGAACAGUAUAUUUAUAGAGACCUAUCUUCUUAUUUAAGGCAUAAUAAUCAGUUUUUUUUGUUAAACAAAAUGGAGAGAGAUGUAAAAGAACUAAGAGAAUACUUUAGUUCUGGGAAAACAAGAGAAGCAUCAUGGAGAAAGCAACAAUUGAAAGGUUUGCUCAAGUUUAUGGAAGAAAGAGAAGAAGAUAUAUUUAAAGCCCUUAAGCUUGAUAUUGGCAAGCACCCUGUCGAAUCUUUUAGAGACGAGCUAGGAACCCUGAUCAAGGAUAUUAAUGUAGCAUUGGAUAACUUGGAUACAUGGAUGUCUGGUAAAAAGAUUAAAUUACCACUAGCUGCAUAUCGUACUUCAGCAAAAUUGGUCGCGGAGCCUCUUGGUGUUGUCCUCAUAAUAGCAUCUUGGAAUUUCCCAUUUGGUUUAGCAUUGGAGCCACUUAUAGGUGCAAUAGCAGCAGGAUGUACUGCAGUGAUUAAACCAUCAGAAUUAUCCCCUGCUUCCUCUGCUCUUCUUGCGAAAGCCAUCCCAGCUUACGUCGAUCCUGAUGCUGUUAAGGUCAUUCAAGGCGGAAUCGAUGUGUGUGGCCAACUCUUGCUGUGUAAAUGGGACAAGAUCUUCUUCACAGGAAGUAGUCUAGUGGGACGAAUUGUUAUGGCUGCUGCUGCAAAGAAUUUGACACCAGUAGUGUUGGAAAUGGGUGGAAAAUGCCCGUGUAUCGUUGAUUGGAUAUCGAAUUCGUGGUUAACAGAGACUAUCAUUAAGCGAUUGCUAGGAGGAAAAUUCGGAAUAUGUAGCGGUCAAGUAUGCAUUGGAGUGGAUUACAUCCUUGUAGAACGAAAACAAUGCUCGAAUUUGGUUGAGUUGUUAAAGGACGGAAUCAAGAAAAGUUUCGGGGAAUUCCCAGAAGAGAAUGUUGCAAGGAUUGUCAACAAACAUCAUUUUAGGCGAUUAACUGGACUUCUUGAUGAAUUUGGGGUCAAAAAAUCUAUAGUCUAUGGUGGUUCAUUCGACGAAGAUAAGCUGUUUAUUGAGCCAACAAUAUUAGUGGAUCCUCCACUUGAUGCUGAAAUUAUGACUGGAGAAAUAUUUGGCCCGUUGCUUCCAAUAAUUACGGUAGAGAAAAUUGAAGAUAGUAUAAGUUUCAUUAAUUCAAGGCCAAAGGCGCUUGCAAUAUAUUGUUUCACCAGCAACAACGAAUUUAUGCAACGAGUUACAUCUGAGACAUCUUCGGGUUCACUCUUGUUCAAUGACACUAUUGUUCAGUAUGCGGCUGACACGGUUCCGUUUGGAGGGGUGGGAGAAAGCGGAUUUGGAAGAUACCAUGGAAAAUUUACAUUUGACACAUUCAGCCAUGAGAAGCCUGUGCUGAAGAGAGCCUUAUUCCCAGAUUUUUGGUUCCGGUAUCCUCCGUGGACCAAUAAGAAGCUAGAACUCUUAAGAGCAGCAUUUGCUUUCAAAUACUUCAGUGUUCUCCUCAUCGUUUUGGGUUUGAAGAAGGCUAAGAAACUUCCCGCCAAUAUUUAAGCAUUCAUUAAACUUAAAAAGUUGUGCUACCAUUAUAUACUAGCCUUAAUACUUUUAUAUUUAUUUAAACCGUUGUUAAAAAAAAUGUGAUGUGUGAGGUGAAAACUAAUUAAGGAUUACCAUAAUAAUACGCAUGUGAUGUGAUUGUUAAUUUCAAAAUCUCCUUCAAUUAAUUAAUAAGUUGUAUAAGUAUAUGGUAAAUGAAUUUAUUGUAAUGUGUAUUUUGAGAA